UAUAUCUUCAUGAAUAACCUCAAUGAUCCCCCAAACUGGAAUAUCCGGCCUAAUUCCAGGGCGGAUGGUGGUGAUGGAAGCAGAUGGAAUUAUGCCCUGUUGGUUCCAAUGCUGGGACUGGCUGCUUUUCACUCUCUGUCAUGGCGGCUGCUCUGAAGUCCUCGUCAGAUACUACUGCCGUCUCUCAUCCUGCUAUUGGCAUCUGUUGGUCAUCUUUGUUCAUUUAGCAGGACCCGUCCUAACCUUUGGUUGGAUUUGGUCUAGGGAAUCCCAGAAAGAAAUAGAAAAAGAGAGAGAAGCCUGCCGUCAGAGAACUACUGCUUUUCAACAGGAUCUGGAAGCCAAGUACCAUGCCAUGAUCUCAGAAAAUCGGCGUGCUGUUGCUCAGCUGUCCUUGGAACUCGAAAAGGAACAGAACAGAACAGCUAGUUAUCGAGAAGCCCUUAUCUCUCAGGGGCGCAAGUUGGUAGAAGAGAAGAAGCUUCUAGAACAGGAACGGGCCCAGGUGAUGCAAGAAAAAAGGCAGGUGCAGCCUUUGAGAAAUGCGUAUUUGAGCUGCCUGCAAAAGGAAGAAAACUGGCAACGGAGAGCCAGGCUUUUGCUGAAAGAGUUUGAAGCUGUUCUCACGGAAAGACAGAAUAUCUACUGCAGUCUGUUUCUUCCUCGCAGCAAGCGGCUGGAGCUAGAGAAGAGCUUACUGGUGCGAGCGUCCGUCGACCCCGUUGCCGCUGACCUAGAGAUGGCAGCCGGUCUCACCGACAUAUUUCAGCACGAUACAUACUGUGGUGAAGUCUGGAACACCAACAAACGCCAGAAUGGCAGACUCAUGUGGCUCUAUCUCAGAUACUGGGAACUAGUUGUGGAACUGAAGAAGUUUAAGAGAGUAGAGGAAGCCAUACUAGAAAAGUAAGACAAGGAUGAAAUAAAACUGCUUUUAGUGACGCGAGGCCAGGCAGUCAUGAGCCUUCUGGGCCUCUGGCGUCGUCUGUCCCUUGCUGCCUGUGCCAUGGCCACACCGCCACCCUUCAGCAGCGACCUCCACUCCCGCCAUCCUCGGAGCAGAAGUGCCCGAAGCCUCAGAGACAGAGGGUUUCCUCCUGACGCUCUGCAGCUGCUGGGGAUGUGGCUUCUCUGAAGCAUUUGUAAGCUGCCCGUAUUGUAUCAAGCAGAACAGUGUAACCUCGUAUUUUAGCUCCAGGGUAAAAAUGGUUUUUUAAAAAGUCAAAUACGAUACUGGUCCUUACCACAAGUACUUUUCUGUGUUUCAUCACUCCCUAAAUACUUUCUCCUCAAAUUAUUUUUCUCUCACCAGAUUACAUUAAGAAUUUGUCAGAUAAUGUGUAGAACUGCAUAACAGAUGAUAAUAGAAAGUAGUAAUAUAUUAUCAAGGUUUUUUAUUUUAAAGAUCUCUCUCCCAUAAAGGGGAAGGAAACACCAAGUG